AAGAUCAAAGGUUUGUGGAAGUGGAUCGGGAAUCUAAUGGCUUUGGACUCUAAACUAUGGGGGCUACUACACAAACUGGAUCCUACAGACCUUCUGCUAGCUUAAUACUGGCUGCCAAAGAGGAUUCCAUAAAGGAGUACGACUACAGGUUACUUCUGAUUAAAAGAACUGAAGGGACAUCUUAUGCAUUGAAUCACUGCGUCUUCCCAGGCGGAGUAUUCGAUCCUAAAGAGGAUGAAUCUCCGGAAUGGAUAACCUAUUUCAAAUCCUUUGGGGUGACUGAUGAGCAGUUAAAAAGGCUCAGUCACAAUCAGGAGUCUCCAAGGCCCGAAUUUCUAUCUGACGGAGAGCACUUUUCGAGGGACAUUGCACUGCGACUGACUGCGCUGAGGGAAUCCUUCGAGGAGGUGGGCAUCCUGAUCUGCACCAAUCAAGCUGACUUUAAGGAAUGGGAUUCUAAAACGAGUCAUCCUCGUACAUUGCUCCUCGAGCCAAGCGAGCGCUCCGAGUGGCAGCAUAGAGUACACAACAAUGCCUCACAGUUCCUGGCACUCUGCAGGCAUCUUAAUGUCAUUCCCAACCUCUGGUCCCUUCAGGAAUGGUCCAUUUGGCGGACAGCAGCCACAGCCAAUCGGAAAUAUGACACUGUAUACUACGUUACCGCGGUGGAUAAACAAGCAAAGGAUGUUAGUUUGCUGCUGGAACCACACGAGGUGGCCUCCGCCCAUUGGAUGAGUCCGGCGGAGGCCUGGUCAAGCUCACACGCCGGCACCAUUUGGCUCCCGUUCAUGCUGCUCUACGAUAUUGCCCGUCUGAUGAACUUGCAUAGCUGGCAGGACUUCCUCGACUUUUCCCGCCAACGGAGUUCCCGAGGAGGCACAAUGGUGCAGCCGGUUUAUUAUCGCUGUGAUGACUGCAUGUUUGGAGUGCUUCCUGGAGAUGAACUCUAUCCCAAGGAACCCGGCGCUUGCAGAGAAACAAUCAUCUUGUCGGGAUCGGUGAAUGAACUUCAUCGAAAGGCCAAGCGGUACAACCGCUAUAUAGUCUACGAUUUCCACCAGGUCGUGCUGGCAUCCAAUAUCCCACCCUGCGAUGGUCAUCUGCCACUGCAGCCACUCGUCAAUACCAAGCUGGCAAAGUUGUAG